AAGCAAUAAAAUCAACAAAUGGAAACAGUAGUAGAAAACAACCUUGAUUCAUCCAACUUUGCGAACGACCACACACUGAGCGCAAAAGUUUGUCCGCCUAGUUCACUUGCAGCUGUGAGCUGUGAUUGAUCGCUUGAUUACCGUUUGAGCGCAUGCAGUUUGUCACUCGACGUGUUUCGUUUGCAUGUGUACAACAAAUCAGGUUGUUAUUUUAUUCACAUUCACAGAAUCUAUUAUUAGAGAAUCGGUUAAGCGCUACGUAGAUAGCAAUCGUCAAUUGUGUGUUUGCUGGUGAAUAUCAAUACAAUUUAUCUAAAGUACAAGUAGUUUUCAAUUUGUAGUAAAAAUUUAAACGUAACGAGUUCAAUUUCUGUCUCUCAGCAUAUUUUGCUAGGCCCGAAUACGAUUACACUUGCAGUCACACUUGUCUCACACUCACUACGUUUUGUAGCCGGUCAUUUGACACCGGCUGAAGUCGUUCGGUAAACAGACACAGUUGCAGUCUAGAGUUGUGCCGCUCUCUGAAUGUGAGUGUUUGUUUAUUAGCGCUUGUUGUAAAACGGUCUCUAUAAACUAAGUGUAUAGAUACUGAUAAGCACAGUCGGACAGUUGCCUUCGCACCGUCCAGUCAGCACUAAGACAGUGGGGCCAUUCUUUCGCGUGAUGGAGUUGAAAGAAACCUACAUUAAAACGCGUCUCGUUACGCAAGUGAUGGACAACCAUGAGUGUUUCCGCGGGAUGGAAGUUGUUGGAUGUACACUGCAAACACCCAAGCAGCUUGAUGGGUUCAUGUCAACUAUCCACCAAUUGACGCUGAUUCUACGCAACAAAGCGAACGGGGAAGAAUCCACCGUACCACUGCUGGUGAAGGUGAUGAAGGGAGAGGAUCGCUUCCGCACGCAAAAUCUCGGACAUGUGUUGUUCCCGAACGAAAUCAACAUCUACGCGAAUGUGCUGCCGUACUUUGAUUCAUUCCUUGCCGAAGCUGGAACAUCCCUCAGGGCGACGGAAUGGUGCCCCCGGGCCUACCUUAGCACGAUGGGACAGUUUCCCGAAUAUAGUGCAACGUUCGAAACGUUUCUUGUGAUGGAAAAUGUCACACCGAAAGGUUUCCGAACCGGACCACGGUUAGAUCUGGACGAGGCACAUCUUACCCUGAUGGCGGAAAUCAUUGCCCGGUAUCAUGCAUGCUCGUACGCAUUGCGCAUACAGAAUCCAGCAGCAUUAGACACCCUUGUGGAGAAGAUCAUUCCACUGAACUUCCUGCAGGAUGGUACAAUAUUUUUCGAAAGCUACGACAUGAUCUUCCGGCUGGCAGCUGAACGUUUGUUUCUGUACGUUGAUGCAACACCCGGCGAACUGGACAGCGAGCAGUUCCAGCGGCACAUCCACAUCCUGCGUACCAAGUACGGGCCAAAUCAGUCGCUGCUUAUGCAAAAGCUGCUCGAUCGUGAUCCGAUCUACUCGGUAAUUCUGCACGGUGACUACAAUCGUAACAAUGUGCUGUUCCGUUACACCAAUCAGACGCCGGUCGAGAUACUGAUGAUCGAUUUCCAGGAAAACCGGUACGGAUCCCCAGCACUGGAUUUAUCCUUCUUCAUGUACAUGAACAUGACGCCGGAACUGAGGGAACGGUUUUGGGAUGAGCUGUUGCACCGCUACCAUCGACAGUUGCUCCAAACGCUCUGCGAAGUGUUACGGUGCCCGGUGACGGAUCCACGCCUGGAACCGUACAGUGAGCGGAAUUUCCGCAACCACUUUUCCCGCUUCGCACUGUACGGUGCAAUGGUAGCGCUUAAUUUUAUUCCCACAAUGAUGAGCUGCGAGGAGGAAUGUGCGGAAAUUAGUGGCUACUUUGAGCAGGACAUUCAUAGCGAAGGCUUUCGGCGGUGCACGUUAACGAUUGGCGGGAACGUGGUUAACCGCCGAAUUACGGCAGUGAUGCGACACGCAAGCAAAAUGGGAUACAUGGAUAUGAUGUAAGGUGUUCAAGCCGAUUCACAGCGAACGUAAUGGUUGGGCCAAGAUGUAAAAU